AAGGGAGCUACUUCAACUCUUUGCUGAGUUGCAUGCACUGUCCUAGACUUAGACUAUUUUUGUUAUUACUGUGCGGAAUACUACCUGCAUUGUCCAAAAGUAACAUCUAGCAAACACACCACGUCUAGCUAUUUUAUUGAGGACGUUGGGCUAUACAUUAUUCUUAUUUUGUAGUUUGUGUAAAAAAUAUUAUUGGGGGAUAUACAAUUUUCAAGACACUUGUAUCUUAGAUAGAGCUGCUCUCUAUUUUCUGUCAAGUGGAAGAGAGCCGCUGCAGUAGCGGCAUGAGAGUCCAAGAGAAAGAGAAUGACAUGAACCAAGAAGAGAUGGACAGAGGAGAGAAGUGAUUUGGCUACUACGGAACUUCGGUGCUGACGAAGUCUAUUGUCUGCACUCUAUAACGUUGCUCUCUCCUCCACCGUUGGGCUUUGCCGCCGACUAUGAAGAUGAAGACGGUAUGCAGAUGGAUUGGUCAAGACAGUCUUCCUAUACAGAUGUAGAUCAAUAGAUCUGCUGCUGGGUUUCAACUGACUGACUGAUCUACAGAUGGAUUCUAACAAACACAUUAUCCAUGAGUGGCUGAAAUGAGCUCCAAGGGAAACGCCAGUGAGGUCUGGAAGUGUCCCCUGCCCUCAGGAGGUGUCUGAUGUUCCUCUGAGACGUUGUCUGGAUGAGACGUGGAUAAGACCUUGAUGAGACAAGAAGAGAAGCUGAAGCAGUGAGAAACGUUUCCCACACAGAGGACCUUAGACCAUGGACUUACAGUUCCAGGCCCGCCGGGCUGAUAGCGUGUUCCUAGCCUGCCAGUAGCACCACCACCCCCCUUUACCCCUCCUCCCCCCAACCCCAUGUCAGAUCUUUCUCUGAAUGAUGGAAAUUUUGUGGAAGACGCUGACCUGUAUAUUGAUUUUGAGCCCGGUGGUGGUGGUCAUGGCUUCCGCGGAAUUUCGAAAACUUUCGCACAACUCACAAGACGAGUACCUGUCCUAUCUGCAGCACUAUCAGCUGACGGUGCCUGUGCGGGUGGACGAGAACGGGGACUUCCUCAGCUACACUGUGAAACACCAUCGGCCCAGGAGACGGAACGCCGACACGGCGAGCACCACCCCCGGCCCAGAGCCGAGCGACUACUCCAAUCAGGAUCCGGCCCGCUUCCAGCUCUUCUACAGACUGUCAGCAUACGGAAAACACUUUCACUUAAAUCUGACCCUCAACCCCCUCCUGGUGUCCAAACAAUUUACGGUGGAGUACUGGGGGAGGGACGGGCUCGAGUGGAGACACGAUAUGGUGGAGAACUGCCACUAUGUCGGAUACCUUCAGGAUCAGUAUGGCUCCACCCGAGUAGCGCUCAGUACCUGUAAGGGCUUGCACGGCGUUAUAACAACAGAAGAAGAGCAGUAUUUAAUAGAGCCAUUAAAGAAUAUAUCGUCCACAACUUCCAGCCCGUGGGACCAGGGAGAAGGACAGCAGCAUGUUAUUUAUAAAAAGUCUUCUAUUCUCUCGCCUCAGCAGCAGCCCAGCUGUGGCAUUUCAGACCUCACAAAAAGCGGUAGCCCCUGCCAACAUAGUGGUUCUUUCCCAAUCUCUUCAACGUCGUCCUCUCCCGCCCCUCCAUCGUCCUCUCACGCACCAGGGCCUGAGGCCGACAGCGCCCUGCCCGGCAGCAGCCACAGACAGAGGCGAUCAGUCAGCACGGAGCGAUUCGUAGAGACCCUGGUAGUAGCUGACAAGAUGAUGGUCGGCUACCACGGACGCAAAGACAUCGAGCACUACAUCCUGUCUGUGAUGAAUAUUGUUGCCAAACUUUACCGUGAUGCCAGCCUAGGAAACGUUGUGAACAUUAUAGUGACCAGGCUGAUCGUACUGACUGAGGAUCAGCCCAACCUGGAGAUCAAUCACCACGCCGACAAAUCUCUAGACAGCUUCUGUAAGUGGCAGAAGUCCAUCCUCAGUCACCAAGGAGACAAAAACAGCAUUCCGGAGAAUGGCAUGGCUCAUCACGACAACGCUGUCCUCAUUACACGACUGUCUUUAGUCCGGAGCAACUUACAGGAGCAAUUAGGGUACGACAUCUGCACUUACAAGAACAAGCCCUGUGGGACUCUAGGCCUAGCAUCGGUAGCUGGAAUGUGUGAGCCAGAAAGGAGCUGCAGCAUCAAUGAAGACAUCGGCCUUGGUUCUGCUUUCACCAUCGCUCAUGAGAUUGGCCACAAUUUCGGGAUGAACCAUGAUGGAAUCGGGAACUCAUGUGGGACUAAAGGUCACGAAACAGCCAAGCUUAUGGCGGCCCAUAUCACUGCCAACACCAACCCCUUCUCCUGGUCGGCGUGCAGCAAGGACUACAUCACCAGCUUCCUCGACUCAGGUCGGGGGACGUGUCUGGACAAUGAACCUCUGAAACGAGACUUCCUGUACCCAACAGUGGCCCCGGGGCAGGUGUACGACGCCGACGAGCAGUGCCGCUUUCAGUAUGGAGCAUCCUCACGCCAGUGCAAAUAUGGGGAAGUGUGUAGAGAGCUCUGGUGCCUUAGCAAAAGCAACCGCUGUGUCACCAACAGUAUUCCUGCUGCUGAGGGGACCCUGUGUCAGACCGGUAGCAUUGAGAAAGGGUGGUGCUAUCAGGGAGAAUGUGUGGUCUUCGGAACGUGGCCGCAGAGUGUGGAUGGGGGCUGGGGUCCCUGGUCAUCAUGGGGGGAGUGCAGCAGGACCUGUGGAGGGGGGGUCUCUUCCUCACUGAGACACUGUGACAGCCCAGCGCCUUCAGGAGGAGGGAGGUACUGUUUGGGAGAAAGGAAGCGCUACAGAUCCUGUAAUACAGACGCGUGUCCAUCGGGAUCCCGGGAUUUUCGGGAAAAGCAGUGUGCCGACUUUGACAUCAUGCCGUUUCGUGGGAAAUACUACAACUGGAAGCCCUACACUGGAGGGGGCGUGAAGCCGUGUGCUUUGAACUGUCUGGCGGAGGGAUACAACUUCUACACCGAGCGCUCUCCGGCCGUCAUCGAUGGAACGCGCUGCCAGGCCGACUCACUGGACAUCUGCAUCAACGGAGAGUGCAAGCAUGUCGGCUGUGACAAUAUCCUGGGUUCAGAUGCCAAGGAGGACCGCUGUCGGGUGUGUGGUGGGGAAGGCAGCACUUGUGAGGCCACACAGGGACUGUUCAAUGACUCUCUACCCAGAGGAGGCUACAUGGAAGUUGUUCGGAUUCCAAGGGGAUCAGUACACAUAGAAAUCAAAGAAAUGGCCAUGUCCAAAAACUACAUUGCAUUGAAGUCAGAGGGAGAUGAUUACUACAUCAACGGUGCGUGGACCAUAGACUGGCCCCGGAAGUUUGACAUUGCAGGGACAGCGUUCCACUACAGGAGACCCACCGAUGAGCCAGAAUCGCUAGAGGCAUUAGGAGCCACCACCGAAAACCUAAUCGUCAUGGUGCUUCUUCAGGAACAAAACAUGGGGAUACGUUAUAAGUUCAAUGUUCCCAUCCAGAGGACAGGAAGUGGUGACAAUGAGGUGGGCUUCUCCUGGCACCAUUUGGCCUGGUCUGACUGCUCCGCCACCUGCGCUGGAGACACACAGCAUUCUGACACUCUGAACCCUGCGGACUGCCUGCUGCUCUCUGGCUCCUGUGCAGGAGAACCAAAAGGUUCCCAGAAGCAGGAAGUGGUAUGUAAACGUCUGGAUGAUAACUCGGUGGUGCAGAACAGCUACUGUGACCCAGACAGCAAACCCCCAGAGAACCAGAGGUCCUGCAAUGCCGAACCCUGCCCCCCUGAGUGGUUUAUCGGGGACUGGUCUGAAUGUGCGAAGACGUGUGAUGGUGGGACACGGACACGAACGGUUCUGUGUAUCAGGAAGAUUGGGCCUGCUGAAGAGGAGACCCUGGAGGACAGCCUCUGUCUGACACAUCGACCAAUAGAAAGAGAAGCCUGCAACAACCAGUCCUGUCCCCCUCAGUGGGUCACACUGGAUUGGUCAGAGUGUACACCCAGAUGUGGCCCUGGCUUCAAGCACCGUAUUGUUCUGUGUAAGAGCAGCGAUCUGGCCAAGACCUUCCCUCACCCCCACUGUCCCUCUCACAACAAGCCCCCCAGCAGAAUUCGCUGCAGUCUGGGACGCUGUCCACCCCCGAGAUGGAUCCCGGGGGAAUGGGGACAGUGUUCUGCGCAGUGCGGGCUGGGCCAGCAGAUCCGGACGGUGCAGUGUCUCUCCUACACGGGCCAGCUCUCCAGUGAAUGUGCAGAGACGCUCCGACCCCCCACCAUGCAACAGUGUGAGAGCAAGUGUGACGCCAUACCCAUCGCCAACGGCGACGAAUGCAAAGACGUAAACAAAGUGGCGUAUUGCCCACUGGUGCUGAAGUUCAAGUUCUGCAGCCGUGCGUACUUCAGACAGAUGUGCUGUAAGACCUGCCAAGGACACUGAACCAAAGAGAGAGGGAACCAGAGAGGAAGAGAGAGCUGGAAGAGAAAGAGAUAGAGGCAGACAACAGGCAGACUAAAAACACACCAAGACCAGGGGGAGAGAGUGACGGAGGAGAAGAAGGAUUCAGCUGUUCAUCACACCCGCUCCACUCAACCCCAUCACCGUGGAAACCUAACCACUACCCAGCGGACACGCUGGCACCUUUAUUACUGUCACUUCUAUGAAGUGGGAACCUUCAAGGAUUAUUUUUAACUGAUGUUAUUUUUAUUAUAAUAAUAAUAAUAAUUAAUAUUAUUUGUAUUCUUUUAUUGUCUAUUGUGUUGUUGUUUUUUUAAUCCAAAGUGCUGGACACAUUACACACCGAACAGAAGCAACG